AAACUCAUACAUCACGGGUUGCAACCAAACAAAACUCUAAAUUAAUUCAAAUCCAAAGAUUCCAAACUUUCUCAAUUUCUAUAAAUCCAAUUGCAAAAUUUUCCCCAUUCCGCUCAUCCCGCCACUGCUUUAAUUUUGUUUUUAUUUCUUUGUAUUAUAUAUACAUAUAUUGAAAAAAUAAUUAAAACACAAUAAUGGCGGUGGCGGGGGUGUGUGGGAUUGUGUGCAUUAUUAUUGCCUGCGCCGCCGUGGGUGCGGCGGCGCAGGGGCCGGGGCGGGCGGCGUUCGCGUGCGACGUGGCCGGAAAUCCGGGGCUGAGGAAUUUGACGUUCUGCGACGCGUCGUUGGCGGUGCAGAAGAGAGUGGAGGACCUGGUGGGGCGGAUGACGCUGCCGGAGAAGAUCGGGUGGGUGGUGAACGCGGCGGCGGGGGUGAGCCGGCUGGGAAUACCGAGUUACGAGUGGUGGUCGGAGGCCUUGCACGGCGUCUCCUACACCGGCCCGGGGGUGCAUUUCAACGGCAUUGUCCCCGGCGCCACCAGCUUCCCACAGGUCAUCCUCACCGGCGCCACCUUCAAUGAGUCCCUCUUUCAGACCAUCGGAAAGGUGGUCUCGACCGAGGCACGGGCGAUGCACAACGUCGGAUUAGCCGGGCUGACGUUUUGGUCCCCGAACGUGAACAUAUUUCGCGACCCGAGAUGGGGUCGAGGACAGGAGACCCCCGGGGAAGACCCCGUGCUCACUAGCAAAUACGGCGCCGGGUAUGUGCGCGGCUUGCAGCAGCGCGACGAUGGCAAUAAAGACGGGCUCAAAGUCGCGGCGUGCUGCAAGCACUACACGGCCUACGAUGUCGAUAACUGGAAGGGGAUACAAAGAUACACCUUCAAUGCUCUGGUGACACAACAAGAUUUGGACGAUACGUUCAACCCGCCAUUUAAGAGCUGCGUUCUCGACGGAAACGUCGCAAGUGUCAUGUGCUCGUACAAUCAAGUGAAUGGCAAGCCAACUUGCGGCGACUACGACUUCUUAGCCGGUGUGAUUCGCGACCAAUGGAAGUUGAACGGGUACAUUGUGUCGGAUUGCGAUUCUCUCGACGUGAUUUUCAACAGCCAAAAGUACACGAAAACUCCGGAGGAGACGGCUGCUUUGGCUGUGAACUCCGGCUUGGAUCUCAAUUGCGGUUCCUUCCUCAGCAAAUAUGCUCAGGGAGCCGUCGACAAAGGGCUGCUCAACGAGACCACGAUUAACAAAGCCGUGUCGAACAACUUUGCGACGCUGAUGAGAUUGGGGUUCUUCGAUGGUGAUCCGAGCAAGCAACUAUACGGAAAUCUCGGCCCAAAAGAUGUGUGCACGCCGGAGAACCAAGAACUUGCACGUGAAGUUGCUCGACAAGGAAUCGUUUUGCUCAAGAACAUCGACGGCUCUCUGCCGUUUAAAUCCAUCAAGUCCUUGGCCGUCAUCGGUCCUAAUGCGAAUGCAACAAAAACCAUGUUAGGAAAUUACGAAGGCGUGCCGUGCAAAAUUACGACUCCUCUUCAAGGCCUAGCGGCGUCUGUGAGCACGACAAAAUACCAGCCAGGCUGCGCAGACGUAUCUUGUGGAACUGCUCAGAUUGACGACGCCAAGAAGAUAGCAGCCGGUGCGGAUGCUGUUAUAUUAGUCAUGGGAUCGGAUCAAUCCAUCGAGAGGGAAAGCCAAGACCGAGUAAACAUUACACUCCCCGGAAAACAACAACUUUUGGUGUCCGAGGUUGCAAAGGCAUCGAAGGGACCGGUGAUUCUUGUAAUAAUGUCGGGAGGCGGAAUGGACGUACAGUUCGCCAAAGACGAUCCGAAAGUCACCAGCAUCCUCUGGGUCGGCUUCCCGGGACAAGCCGGGGGAGCAGCCAUCGCCGAUGUUAUCUUCGGACGUUACAACCCGAGCGGAAGGCUCCCGAUGACUUGGUAUCCGCAAUCGUACGCGGACAAGGUGGAUAUGACGGAUAUGCAUAUGCGUGCGGAUCCUAGCCGAGGCUACCCCGGCCGGACAUACCGUUUCUACAAGGGACCGACAGUGUAUGCUUUCGGAGACGGGAUAAGCUACUCCGAAUUUAGCCACACCCUAGUGAAAGCCCCUAAGAUUAUAUCGGUUCCGUUGGAAGAGCAACACGUGUGUCGCUCCGCGGCAUGCGAAUCGUUGGAUGCCACGGAGGAUAAUUGUAGGAAUUUGGCGUUCGACGUUCAUUUGAACGUGAGAAACGAAGGGAUGAUGAGCGGUAGCCACACGGUGUUCCUUUUCUCGACUCCCCCUCAAGUGCACAAUGCGCCUCAGAAGCAACUCUUGGCAUUCGACAAGGUACAUUUGGCGCCGACGGGGGAAAAGACUGUGAGAUUCGACGUCGACAUCUGCAAACAUUUGAGUGUGACAGAUGAAAAUGGAAAUAAAAAAGUUGGAUUGGGAGAACAUAUUCUUCAUGUGGGAAGCUUGAAGCAUUCUUUGAGUGUCAAGGUUUGAAAAUAAUUUGGAGGGAGAUUUAUUGGAUAUUUAAAUAUGAUAUAUAUGGCUAUUUUUAGUUUUUAUUUUUGGGAAUUUUUAUCAAAAGAAAAUAUGUCAUUCUUACCUCUCUUUUUUCUUCUUUCUUGGGAAUGAGAAAGAAUGGGAAAGGGAGUAGUGAAAAAUGUAUGGGAAGAUUGAUUGAUUAUGGUGGAAAUGAUUUGAUUGAUAAUAA